UGUAGCUUGAAGCUGCUGUCAUCAUAUAUUUGCAGAGAUAGUGCUCUGUCUCUCUGCCUCUUUGCUGCUGCUAUUUAUAACAGCCUUCCCAGCCAUAAAAGGUCAGGACUGUUGCUUUCACAUUCCACUGACUACAGGCAUUAUUUUUGUUCUGGACCUGGGAGCCCCGUCCUCUACCCGGGUCCUGUCAGCCACUUUGCUGGAUUCAACUUCUGCUGGAUUUCUCGCUGCCUCUCAUUAAUCCGCUUCAAUCCUGAAAUCCUAGAAUUCUUCAUUUCACGGCUGAAGUGUGAAGAACCGAGCUAGGAGGAAUCCAGGAUGUCUUUACCAUUCUACCAGAGGCAUCAUCAACAUUUUGACCGUGCAUAUCGCCACAAGGAACUGGAGUCUACUUUAAGUCAGUACCAAAAGGAGGAAAAGCGCAAAUCUGCCAUUUACACACAUGGAUCUAGUGCCUAUAGUAAGGAAGCUGCAUUGGCCUACCGACAUGGGUCUGCCUCUUAUGACCAACUGUCUGCUGAAUCAUAUGCCCAUGAAUCAGCAGCUCACAGUAAAAGAUCUACAGCUCAUAGUCUUGAAACUGAACUGAAGAAGGCUGAAGCCUACCGUCUUGGAUCUGAGUUGGUAAAUAAGAAAGCUGAAGCAUACCGCCUUGGAUAUGAAACAUACAGCCGCGGAAAACUGCUAGAAGAUCAGUCUCUAAAGUUGAGUCCCAAAGCAAAGCGUGCUAAGCAAAGUUUACUGUCAGAGGAGAAAGAAAACACAGCUGUUGACUAUGUAGUACCCAUAUUUACAGGAAGACACAUUCAUAUCAGUGGAAUUACAGAUACAGAAGAAGAAAGAAUUAAGGAAAGUGCUGCAUAUGUUGCCAAACGGAACCUUUUUGCAACUGGUGAAGGAAUUAGUGUAACUAGAAAGGCAACUUCGUCUUCUGUGGAAGAAGAAACACAUGAGAAGAAAUCAAGGAAAGUAGCAAUACGAGAGACAGCUGAACGAACAGUCCUAAAGAAAACGUUAAGAGACACAGAAGAUUUUCACAGAAAACUGAAUGAAGAUAGCCUGUUACACGCUCCUGAAUUUGUUAUCAAACCUCGUUCUCACACUAUCUGGGAAAAACAGAAUGUCAAAUUACACUGCACUGUGACUGGCUGGCCAGAGCCUCGUGUUACAUGGUACAAAAACCAUGUGCCCAUCAAUGUCCACGCUAAUCCCGGCAAAUAUGCAAUUGAAAGCCGAUAUGGGAUGCACUCUCUGGAAAUUAACAAGUGUGAUUUUGAUGACACUGCUCAGUAUCGUGCUUCUGCCAUGAAUGUAAAAGGAGAACUUUCAGCCUAUGCUUCCUUGGUGGUGAAGAGAUACAAGGGAGAGAUUGAUGAAAGUUUUUUCCAUGCAGGAACUGUCACGCUGCCCCUCAGCUUUGGUGUCACACCACAUGGCUAUGCUUCUAGGUUUGAGAUCCAUUUUGUCGAUAAAUUUGAAGUUUCCUUUGGAAGAGAAGGCGAGACAAUGAGUUUAGGCUGCACGGUUAUCAUUCACCCUGACAUUAAACGUUUCCACCCAGAGAUCCAGUGGUACAGGAAUGGAGUUCUGAUUACUCCAUCCAAAUGGGUCCAGAUGCAUUGGAGCGGAGAAAGAGCUACCUUAACUCUGACUCAUGCUAACAAAGAAGAUGAAGGUCUUUACACGCUCCGUGUGGUGAUGGGAGAUUACUAUGAGCAGUACAGUUCUUAUGUUUUUGUUCGAGAUGCUGAUGCUGAUAUUCCAGGAGCCCCUGGUUCUCCAUUGGAUGUGAAAUGUUUGGAUGCUAACAAGGAUUAUGUCAUCAUCUCUUGGAAACAACCAGCUGUUGAUGGGGGAAGUCCCGUCUUGGGAUACUUCAUUGAUAAAUGUGAAGUUGGCACUAAGCAGUGGUCCCAGUGCAAUGAGACUCCAGUUAAGUUUGCUCGCUUCCCAGUCACAGGUUUAAUAGAAGGGCGCUCCUACAUAUUCCGCGUCCGAGCUGUGAACAAUGCAGGAAUCAGCAUUCCAUCCCGUGUUUCCGAACCGGUGGCAGCACUGGACCCUGCUGAUAGGGCCAGGCUUAGAAGUCACCCUUCUGCCCCCUGGACUGGACAGAUUAUUGUCACUGAGGAAGAACCUACAGAGGGUAUUGUUCCUGGGCCACCGUCAGACCUCCAUGUUACAGAAGCCACAAAGAACUAUGUUGUACUUAGCUGGAAACCACCAUAUGAACGGGGCCAUGAAGGUGUCAUGUACUAUGUUGAAAAGUGUGUUGCAGGAACAGAGAACUGGCAGAGAGUAAACACGGAAAUCCCUGUAAAGUCCCCUCGCUUUGCACUUUUUGAUUUAGCUGAGGGAAAAUCCUACCAGUUCCGUGUCCGCUGUUGUAAUUCAGCUGGAAUUGGUGAGCCUUCAGAAGCUACUGAAGCCACUGUGGUUGGUGAUAAACUUGAUAUCCCUAGUGCUCCUAGCAAUAUUGUACCAACCAGGAAUACAGAUACCUCAGUUGUUGUCACAUGGACUGAAUCCAAAGAUGCAAAGGAGCUGGUUGGGUACUAUAUAGAAGCAAGCAAAGUUGGAUCUGCUCACUGGGAACCAUGUAACAAUAAUCCAGUGAAAGGCACAAGAUUCACUUGCCAUGGACUCACUACUGGUGAGCACUACACUUUCCGUGUCAGAGCUGUUAAUGCAGCUGGACUCAGUGGGUUUUCUCAGGAGUCAGAAGCCAUAGAGGUCAAGGCAGCCAUUGGGGGAGGAUUGCUUCAUGGUGUAUGUCCUGGACUAAGUGGUAAAACUGAUGGACUAACAGACCACACUGCCAGCUGGGAAGGCAUGCAUGAGUCCUCCCAGCCUAUCUUUGACACAGACGCUUUGUUAAAACACAGUGCUAAACCUAACAGACAAACAGUGCGCACUAGAUCUGGUAAGCAGAGGAGUCCAACAGACAAUAAAGUGAGUGAAACAGCCUCUACUCCUUCAUCACAAAAGACAACUACCAAGCAGGCAAGUAAGUCUCAUCCUGGGGAUCGCUCAGCACUGGAGAGAAUGAAAAAGAAAAAAGAUAUAGCUCCUCCAUCUCCACCAUAUGACAUCACUGUGCUUGAAAGUGUUCGUGACUCAAUGGUUCUUGGAUGGAAACAGCCCAAAACAAUUGGUGGUGUUGAAAUAACUGGCUAUUAUGUGAACUACCGGGAAGUGAUUAAUGGAGUACCUAGGGAGUGGAGAGAAGCUAACAUUAAAGCAGUCAGUGAGAGGGCCUACAGGGUGCAUGAUUUGAAGGAGAACAUGACAUACCAGUUUCAAGUGGCUGCUGUUAACCUAGCUGGGCUUGGCACACCUUCUCCAGCUAGUCAAUCCUUCAAAUGUGAAGAGUGGACCAUUGCUGUGCCAGGACCACCCCAUGAUUUGUCAUGCAGUGAAGUCAGGAAAGAUUCUUUGGUCGUAUUAUGGAAACCACCCAUUUAUGUUGGCCGAACUCCUGUAACUGGCUAUUAUAUUGACAUAAAAGAAACAAAUGCAUCAGAAGAACAUUGGAAGGGUGUGAACGAGAAGGCAAUUCCAAGCAAAUACUUGAAGAUCAGUGGCUUAAAAGAAGGCACAAGUUAUGUGUUCCGUGUACGAGCAACAAAUAAAGCUGGAGUUGGAAAGCCUUCAGAUUCCACUGACCCUGUAAUAGCUGAAACCCGACCAGGAACAAAAGAGGUUGUAGUUGAAGUGGAUGACAAUGGAGUCAUUUCAUUGAAUUUUGAAUGCGAUCAAAUGACUGCAGACUCUAAAUUCAUUUGGUCCAAGAAUUAUGAGCCAGUUGAAGAUGACUCUCGAUUAUCCAUAGACACCAAAGGUGGAAAGUCAAAAGCUAUCUUUAAAGAUCUCAGUGAAGAAGAUUUGGGCAUUUACUCCUGUGUUGUCACAGACACAGAUGGCGUCUCAUCAAGCUAUACAAUAGAUGAGGAAGAAAUGAAACGUCUGCUUGCACUCAGCCAUCAGCACAAAUUUCCAACUGUCCCCCUUAAGUCUGAAUUGGCAGUUGAAAUUCUGGAGAAGGGACAGGUGCGAUUCUGGCUGCAGGCUGAGAAACUAUCUGGCAGUGCUAAAGUCAACUUUGUAUUUAAUGACAAGGAAAUUGUUAAUGGAGAGAAAUAUAAGAUGAAGAUUGACCAUAAUAGUGGUCUGAUUGAAAUGGUAAUGGAUAGACUUGAAGAUGAGGAUGAAGGCACUUAUACCUUUCAACUUCAGGAUGGAAAAGCAACCAACCAGUCCAGUCUUGUUCUUAUUGGUGAUGUGUUCCAGAAACUACAGAAAGAAGCAGAAUUCCAGAGGCAAGAAUGGUUCAGGAAGCAAGGUCCACAUUUUGUUGAGUAUCUGGGUUGGGAAGUUGCCCCAGAAUGCAAUGUGUUGUUGAAAUGCAAGGUGGCUAAUAUUAAGAAGGAAACACACAUUGUUUGGUACAAAGAUGAAAGAGAGAUAAUGGUUGAUGAAGAGCAUGACUUCAAGGAUGGUGUAUGUACUCUGCUGAUAACAGAGUUUUCUAAGAAAGAUGCUGGCAUUUAUGAAGUAAUAUUGAAAGAUGAUAGAGGAAAGGACAAAAGCAUAUUGAAGCUUGUGGAAGCAGCUUUUGCAGAUUUGAUGACGGAAGUAUGCAAAGUGAUUGCUCUAUCUGCAACAGAACUGAAAAUCCAGAGCACAGAAGAGGGUAUCCGAUUGUAUUCCUUUGUUAGCUACUAUUUGGAAGAUUUGAGAGUGAGCUGGGCACACAAUGAUAACAAAAUUAAAUAUACAGAAAGAGUUAAGACUGGUGUUACUGGGGAGCAAAUCUGGUUGCAAAUCAAUGAGCCAACACCCAGUGACAAAGGGAAAUAUAUAUUGGAGCUCUUUGAUGGUAAAACUGGACACACAAGAAUGGUGGAUCUUUCCGGACAAGCAUUUGAUGAAGCCUUUGCUGAAUUCCAGAGAUUAAAAGCAGCAGCUAUUGCAGAGAAAAAUCGUGCCCGGGUGCUUGGAGGUCUACCCGAUGUUGUCACCAUCCAAGAAGGCAAGGCGCUUAAUCUUACAUGCAGUGUCUGGGGGAAUCCUGUCCCAGAGGUUUCAUGGCUGAAGAAUGAAAAGCUUCUGGUGGGAGAUGACCAUAUCAUCCUGAAAGUUGAAUCUGGAAAGCAUGCCUGCUUCACCAUCACUGCCGUCAGUACAGCUGAUUCAGGGAGAUACAGCCUUGUAGUGAAAAACCAGUAUGGCACAGAGACAAGUGAUUUCACUCUGAUUGUAUCUCCUAAAGAGGAAGAAACUGGCUUAGCGACACUUGUUGCUGAGGUGCAGGACCUUCAUCUAGAUAUAGUAGCUCUAGGUAAAAAGAAAAAUCCCUCAAGGGAUAAAGAAGAUUUCAUUAAGCCACAAGUAAAAGAGAUUAUUGCUACAGAAGAAAUGCCUGAUCCAAUUGAAAAUCCAGUUGUGGAAGAUUGAGACAGCUGGCAAACUACAGUGAUCAUGGGAACGUUCACAGUAGCAGAGAUUGCACACAUCAGUCAAUUCUUGAGACUCAUGAAGAGAAGCUGGUGCAGAAAAGUAUCUAUGUGAAAAUAUGCUGCACAUGGAUCACUAUUGCGAUACUGCUCUUAUUAUGAAAUGAGUUAUGUUAUUGGGGUAUUAUGCUAUGCCAUGCCAGUGUACUGUAUCUAUGGUGUAAUACAAAUGCACUUUCUCAUUUAACAUCUCCACUGCAUGCUACAUUAUAUAUUUUGAUAUAUUUUCACUUCAUAUCACCGGUUUGAACUCAAAGAAUAAGGGAUACAAAAUAGGAAAUUUUUAUGGAAAUAACUUCAGGUGGUGUGAGAGUUCCAUUUUACUGAUAGGACUACAUGUAAUGCAAAAUUCCACACACUCCCACACAAAUAGAAUCUAUAUAUAUAAUUCUCCUGGGUGUGCCUUGGAAUGUGCGUCCCAGCACCCAGCUGAUUGGCUGGGCAGCAGACGCGCCUGAUUGACUGAGGUGCACCCAGGAGGAUUGGUCACCGCAGCAGUGGCAGGCCUGGCUGCAGAGGCCAGAGGCAGUGGUGGGCCCAGCCCAGCUGCAGAGGCAAGGCCCGGGGGGGAGAAAGGGGGGGCAGAAGUGGCGGUGGGGAGGAGAGGCGGCUGAGCCUGGAAGUGGAGACUGGGCAGAAGGGGGGGGGGGAGGAAACCGAUGGCCUCAAAGAGUGCACAGAUGCGCUGCGCGGGGUUGGCUAGUACCCCUAAUAAAGUACAUCACCUUGCUAAUUUUAUAUCUCCUAAUUUAAUUUCAUUCAUUAAUGUAGUUGUUUGCUUCCAAGUACAUGAAAUGUCUUUCUGCACUGUGUAAGUCACUGUGAAUGAUAGAAACCAUAUGUUAAAUCCCAUCAGGUAGCAAUACAUCUACCACUUUUCAGAAACAUAUUGAUGCAGCAAUGGACUUGUUUAAUAUUAAAUUCAUUCCCACAUGUCAAACUUAAAAUAUAAUUGCAAUUAUUUAUAUUAACUUAUUAUUAUUAGUUUAUUAUGAUAUAUAAAAUCAUACCAGACCAGACACUGGGGCAACUUAAUAUAUAGUGGUUGACCUGAAAAGAAAAAUUACUCAAAGUAGCCCCAUUGAAGUUAAAAGGACAAGUUACUUGUCAUUUUAUUUCAUCGGGGCUACUUUGAAUAACUUUCUUCAUGUCAGCUACUAUAAACAAACACACUUUUAACAAUCUCUAAAUAUAUGUAUUUAAUGGUCAGAUUGAAGGUGGAAUGAGAGAAAACUUUCUGCUUUCCAAAUAGCUUGACAGACAAUAAUGAUUCUGCUCUUUAAAUAAUCUUUGGUAUUCUCAGGCACAUUUAUGUGUAGCUGGAAACAACCUUCUCUGAUGAAAGCCAGUUAUUGUACUAGCUGUCAGCAAAGAUUUUUCUGCCUUCUGCCUUCAGCUAGUUAGUGGCUGUGUUUUGUGUCGAUGUCCUAAUAGGAUCUAGCUUAAGAACAAGUUUUGAGAACACAGAUUUACCCUUCCCCCAUUACCCGCCAAAUAAGCCAAAAAGGAGAUUCAGUUAACUCUAAAAGCUCUUUCUGCUUUGAACAGACCAUGACUGAGACAAAACAUUUCAUGGAACCAUGGACUACUGUGUUUGUCUGCCAGUAUUUAAACAGAUCUAAGUCCCCAAUGAAGCGUGAAAGAGGAGCCAUAUAAUGAAGUGCUAUGUGUACAAAAAUAUUAUAUUCAAAAACAGCCUGGUCACUGUAGGAUGUGAUGGGUCUUAGUUCAGUGGUGGAGCAUAUUUUUGUACAUACAAGACCCACCCUGCAAUACACGCACUAUUACCUAUGAGUAGGAGCAAUUAAACACUAUGGUACUUACUUCCAAGUAAGCAUGCAAAGCAUUGGCCUGCCAGACUGCCUGGGACUCUUACACAUGGUAUCUUCUGUGUUUGGAGACAUGUUGGCCAGGAAAUGGAGUAGAAUAAAAAUUAUGGUAUAUAGUAAGGGAUCUCAGGAAACAUUGUUGAGAAAUAAUCCGAAUAAAGUGGAUUUGAGGCUUGUUGCCAGAAAGGUUGUCAGUUGGCCAGAAGGGCCACUGUUGUGACUGUAGACUAUUUUAAAUAUUACAUAUGAGUAGGUGAGGCCUGUCAUCGGGCAAUCGAAGUAAUUUUGGGUAGAUUACACAUAUAGGAAACUUCAAGAAGUUAAAUAUAUGCAAUAAAAAUUGUAUUAAUGUGCUGCAAAAGGAAAGCAAAAGAACAGUUUGAAAUUUGUAAGAUUUCAACUUCAAAUAUUAUUCAUUGUAUUGAUUAAUUACCAUAUAUGGUGGAUUUGAAUAAUAGAAAAUUUGAAUCUGAGAAAGCUCUUCUGUUUCUCUUGGGCAUGAGGUUUGUGAAUUAUUGAUCUGAUUACUAAGCAUUAAAAAUUUGUUGAACAAUAAGUUAAAAUAUGAUCAUGAUCUUCAGUGCUUUUGCAUUAAAUACAAAAAAUGUUUAACCCAUUCAGCAAACAUAUUCUGGUUUAAAAAGGAGUGCAUUCCACUAAUUUCAGUGGCAGGACUGUGUAUGUAGAAUUUGGUAUCUGUAGGUCAUUGGGAAGUUUGACUUUAUUUUGCACAGACAAAUUCUUCAAAAUCUAUAAUAGAUUUCCUAUAUUGAAACCACUACCAUGUAGGAAAAAGCAGAAAUUGUGUAUGUAGAUUGCCCUGUGAUGAUCAUACUCCUGUAUGUAUCUGUAGGUCAUUGGGAAGUUUGACUUUAUUUUGCACAGACAAAUUCUUCAAAAUCUAUAAUAGAUUUCCUAUAUUGAAACCACUACCAUGUAGGAAAAAGCAGAAAUUGUGUAUGUAGAUUGCCCUGUGAUGAUCAUACUCCUGUAUGUGUGAUCACCACACACUAUCUGUAUUUCAUGCUUUUCUACAUGUAAAAGUUUUUAAUGGA